CUGGGCGAGACACCGUGUUCCCAGCUUUCUUGAGCUCAGGUCACCCAUUUGCAGAGAAUGGGACCACACUUUUGGACUCAGUCUCAUUCCCAGAGCUUUAAUUGGUGAGGGAAACCAUAGAUUGUUGCAUUGUUUUUCUUUCUGCAUCUGCUGGCAUCAGACUAUCGGUUAGAACUCACACCGUCUGCUUUGCGGGUUUUAUUUUCAUUGAUGGAUCCAAGAUGCUUUGAAGAUCCGUUCUCCAUUCCUGGAUGGAUUUAUGAAUUCUACAAGAUGAAUGCAUUAAGUUCCCAUUUUCCUUGAGUGAGUAAAUGGUUACCUUAGAGCUAAGGCCUCAUCUCAUAGCUCCUAUGUCAGAUGCUUAACCAACAGAGACAUGUCCAAUGACACUUGCAACCUGCCCCUGGACACCGACAUCUUUGGACUGACCUGUGUCUAUGGUGUCAUUUUUUCCUUGGGCCUGCCCAGUAACCUGUUGUCUCUAUGGGGCUUGUACCACCUUGGUCGCUCAGGUGCGGGAGGCUGUCAGCUCGUCUACAUCCUCAACCUGCUGCUAUCAGACCUUCUCCAGCUGCUCACUCUGCCCCUUUGGAUCCUGUAUCUCCAGGGCCCUCACCGCUGGCCCUAUGGCCGACUUACCUGCGAACUGGUUGGCUACGUGUUUUAUGGGAACGUCUAUGCCAGCGUCAUGUUCCUUUGCCUGAUCGCUAUGGAUCGCUUUCUGGCUAUUGUAUAUCCACUCAGCAGCCGCAGGGUACGGACAGUAAAGGUUUCAGCUCUGUUGGGCAUAGCUGUGUGGAUCCUAACCUUUCUGUUCUGCCUGAGUGGGCUGCUGCCAUCUGUGUUUGACUCUGACCGGCUGUUGUGUCUGGAAAAGUAUCCAGUCAGCCCCAGAUAUGCUCACUUUAAGAUCAUUACCGCCGUACUGGGCUUUCUACUGCCAUGUGCUAUUCUAGGGUACACCUCAGCACAUAUUGGGGUGACACUACGGCGGUCUCCAUCUCUCACCAACCAUGAGCGCUAUAAAAUUGUAGGGAUCUUGGUUGUGAUUACUUUCAACUUCAUAGUUGUCUUUGGACCCUACCACCUGGUGGGGGGUUACAGGUUUGUUUCCCUGCUGCGGACAGAUGACCCGUGCCCAUUUGAGCAGUCGAUUUUCUAUGUCUACCGCCUCUGCUAUGGCCUGACCAGCCUCAACACUCUCCUGGAUCCCCUUUUUUACAUCUUCCUCUGCCCUGAUGCUCGGCUAGAGCUGCAGAGAUCCCUGCCCUGUCUGAGAAGAGGACAAACCAACCAUAAGAACAUGAUGAUGAGUACCAGACUCCACCUGGACAAACUGAAGGAGAACGAAAAGAGACAUAACUUUGUAACUAUUUAAACUGGACAGACCAUGUAUAAUCAGAUAUUAAAUCAAGGCAAUGGCGCCAUCUGCUGGACAAUUGCAUUUUCUUGCUCUUUUAAUUUGAAAAACAAUUUCUGUUUCCUUAAAAAAAAACAUAAAUAAGCACCUGUAAAGUACAAAAAAAUGUGUGAAAGGAUGUUUAACUUUGUCCCUCUAAUACAGUUAUUGAAUGCAAUAUGGGGUUUUCUGUCAUGAGUGAUCUCUUAAGGGUCACAUCACUGCACUUUAGUUUGAGCUUGACCAGUCCACUCCAAAACAUUCUUAUAGAUGGAUUAGAAGUGGACUCACUGGUUUUUAUUUAUUGUUCUGUUACAAAAAAUAAGCACCUAAGUUUAAAGUCAGAAAGUGAUGAUCUUGACAUUCUCCUUAGGAAUUUUCUUCAGUUGAGCCGAAUUCAAGACCCUAUCACUUUCGCCAAAUUGUCCUGAAGCAGAAAAGGUGACAUAUCAUCAUACUUCCACCAAAAAAUUUUUAUAUUGGCAUAGUGUUCCUUUUCUCAAGUGCUGUUUGUUUUACAGUUUACAAAAAACAAAAAUAUUUUAUUAUUAUUAUUAUUAUUCAAUAACUCUCCAUGAUUAUCAAGAAGUUUAGGAAACGUUUCUUCUCAGGCUCUCUUUUUAAUUAUUCAAUCACGAACCU